UGCCCUGGUGAGGACGAAGCGCCAUAGCCACGGUAGCCCUGGCGACAAGAGCCCAGCAACGAGAAUCAACAACAACAACAACUGAAUCCGCCAUAAAAAUAAAAGAAGAUAUUUUACCGGUGGGAAAUACACACGUGGAACCAGAGGGUGAUUCCCAGCUCUUGUUAUGGCCACCUCAGGCUACGUGGGUGAGAUCCAGCCGGCAGCCCAACCCCAGGGGGGCGGUGUUACCGUAACGCCGGUGCAACCUGACGCCAGCUCCACCCCUCCAACUGCCCCUCCCCCCUUUCUGGCUGAGAUUCAGACUACUGUGGUCACUCCCACUGUCGUCACACCCACAGGCCAAACUUCUCCAACUGAUCAAGCCACCUCUAUCACCAAUCAGAAGCCUGCAGCUGGAGGUCAAGCUCAGUCCACAGCACAGGCCCAGCCAGCACAGACUCAGUAUGUGACCGCAGAGAUCCAGGGCUCCCCCACACAGUCUGGAAAUGCUCAAAGCACUCCUCAGUACAUCGUUGUUACAGUCACAGAAGGCUCCCUUCACUCAAGUGACAGUGUGUCAGACUCUAGCCCACCUCCAGCUGUGGUGCAGACAGGAGUUCCCACGCAGGUGGUUCAGCAGGUACAGACAGCUCAACAGAGGUCUGUGGUGCAGGCUACAUCUCAGAUAACCAAGACUGAGCCUGGCACCCAGCUCAGUGUCACCAGUCUACAACCUGUUCAUAUCAGCCCGGAGGUCCAGCAGCAGCUCACGCCAGUGCCAGUGCAACAUGUGUACGCCAAUCAAGUGCAGUAUGUGGAAGGAGCGGACACCAACUAUACCACCAGCACGAUUCGUUCGAGCACCUUCCCGUACACUGACACACCCCUGUACACCCAGACCACCGCCGCCCAGUAUUAUGAAGGUCAGCCAACAUCCGGCUCACAGUCCUCUACCCCUGGCACACCUCUAACCGUCUCAGUGACUACUGGCACGACAGGGGGUGUGUCCAUGUUUGUGGCCCAACCCACCAGUGCGACAGGGGGAGGGGCCACAGUGGUGACUACUGGUGGCACCACCAACGGGGCAGGGGAAGGGGCAGGCACCAAUGGUGGCGCAGCAGGCAGCUAUGUAAUCCAGGGGGGUUACAUGCUGGGCAGCAGCAGCGGAGGGGCAGCUGGCAACAGUCAGAACUACUCUCACACUGCCCGCGCCUCUCCAGCCACUGUGAGUAUUACAGAGGGCGAGGAGAGUAGCGUGCCGUCGGCAGACAAGAAGGUACAGUGGUUGCUGGACAACUAUGAGACAGCUGAAGGAGUGAGUCUUCCACGUUCCACCCUCUACUGCCACUACCUGCUGCACUGCCAGGAGCAGAAACUAGAACCUGUCAAUGCUGCCUCUUUUGGGAAACUCAUUAGAUCGGUGUUCAUGGGGCUACGCACGCGACGUCUGGGCACACGGGGUAAUUCUAAAUACCACUACUACGGGCUGAGGAUCAAGGCAGGUUCUUCUCUUCUCCGUCUGAUGGAAGACCAGCAACAUCUGGCCAUGAGGCAGCAGCCCUUCUCACAGAAACAGAGGUUGAAGCCUGUGCAUAAAGUUGAGGGGAUGACGAAUGGCACAGCAGCAGGAGCAGGUCAGCAGCAGCAGCAGCAGCAGGGGUCAGGGCAGGUGGACAUCAGCACCCAGGUUCAGCAGUACCAGCAGUUCCUAGAUGCAUCCAGAGCUCUCCCAGAGUUCCCAGACAUCGACCUCCAGGGGAAGUCUCUGCCAGAGGGCAUCGAGCUGGAGCACAUAAAGAGCUUUCAGCUGCUGUACAGAGAACACUGUGAGGCCAUACUAGAUGUGAUGGUCAACCUGCAGUUUACCCUGGUGGAAACUCUGUGGAAGACCUUCUGGAGGUUCAGCCAGAGUCAGGCUGGGGAUGCCACGUUGGCUGUUCAUGACGAGUCAGAGAAACGUCUGCCGAAGUCCUGCCUGGUGCUGCUGUGCAAGUAUGACCCAGUGCUGCGCUGGAGCCGCGACUGUGACAACAGCCUGUACCAGGGCCUGGUGGAGAUCCUCAUCCCUGAUGUCCUCAGGCCCAUCCCCAGUGCCUUAACUCAAGCCAUCCGCAACUUUGCCAAGAGCCUGGAGAGCUGGCUGACCAAUGCUAUGAUGAACAUCCCUGAGGAAAUGGUCCGCAUAAAGGUAACAUCAGCCAAUGCAUUUGCCCAGACACUGCGGCGCUACACCAGUCUGAACCACCUCGCCCAGGCAGCUCGCGCUGUCCUCCAGAACACGGCCCAGAUCAACCAGAUGCUCUCCGACCUAAACCGCGUCGACUUUGCUAACGUACAGGAACAGGCCUCAUGGGUGUGCCGGUGUGAAGACCGCGUCGUCCAGCGGCUGGAGCAGGACUUCAAGCUGACCCUCCAGCAGCAGAACUCCCUGGAGCAGUGGGCUGCGUGGCUGGACGGCGUGGUCUCCCAGGUCCUGAAGCCGUACCAGCACAGCCCCGCCUUUCCUAAGGCCGCCAAACUCUUCCUGCUCAAGUGGUCCUUUUACAGUUCAAUGGUGAUAAGGGACCUGACCCUGAGAAGUGCAGCCAGUUUUGGUUCCUUUCACUUGAUCCGCCUGCUGUACGAUGAGUACAUGUACUACCUGAUAGAGCACAGAGUGGCCCAGGCUAAAGGAGAGACCCCCAUUGCUGUCAUGGGAGAGUUUGCCAGUUUAGGCCGGGGUCUAAGCCAGCUGGAUCCUGACAAAGAAGAGGAUGAGGAGGAGGACGACGAGAGCGAUGACGAAGGACAGGAGCUGUCCCUUCCCUCAGAUGGAGCCGUGCUGGGAGAGGAGUCUCUGGAGCCGCCUGCCAAGCUGGCCAGAACGGACCAGAGAGUCCUCUUCACAACUGGAUCAGCUGACAACUAGUCACAGAGUAACACUACUAGACGUGGGUUGAUUAUAUUGAUUGCAUACACACCCAGAUGUACAAUGAACACUAAUUUAUACACUUGACACAUGUAUAUAGAUCUUGUAAAUGUGUGUGCGCACUCUCGCUGCAUACUGUAACUGUCCCCACUUGUUUACGCAUACACAAUCAAAAUACACACUCAAUCAGUUCUGCUGCUGCCUGGAUGGCACAACCACCUGUUGACACCAUUGAUUUAACACACAAUCCCUGGCAUUGCAACAGGAUGUGGCUUCAAAAAACAGACUCUCAAUGCAAAGAGAAAAAUUAACUGGCAUGUUUUGUUUUUUUUGUCGUCGUCUCUCAUUGCAUUGCAACCUGUAGCCUCGCUGUCUCCUUUGCCGAGAAGCUUCUGCUCACCCUAGAUCCUCCUAAAACUGUCACUGCCGUAUCAAAGUGGUCUUGAAAAUACUGUGAUGUGUGUGCGUGUGUAAAGGUAACUACAGGAGGAGGGUGCAAAGUGGACCUUCAACAGUAGGUGUUUGCUGAAUUUAGUUGUUCCCAAUUCAUUCACGCUGUGGGGAAGCUGUGUCAUUCAGAUGGGAAAGAGACAUUUGUGAAAGACAGCAGGCGGUUGGGAUUUUUUGGGUGGGUUUGUCUCGUUUGUGUGUGUGUGUGUGUGUGUGUGUGUGUGUGUGUGUGUGUGUGUGUGUGUGUGUGUGUGUGUGUGUGUGUGUGUGUGUGUGUGUGUGUUUUCCGAAUGAGCACUGGGGUCACACCGCUCUGCUGUUGCUUCUGGAGGCUGACUGAACAUGCUUUUCCACGAUGGUACGUGUAUAUACGUGUGUGUGUGUGUCUGGUUGUGUGAUUGUGAGUCAAGUGUGGGCUGUUUCCUUCUGUAGAUAUUUUCUAAGGCCUUCAGGUUUUGAUUUUGGGAAACGUGUGGAGAUUUCCUGUUUUGAUUCGCCUGUAAAGAAAAACAGUCUUGUGUUCUUGGAGUGCCUGUCGCAGCUGCUACACACACUUGUAAAGAUAAAAACUACGGCUGUGGAAUUGGGGCUCCCAUUAGUUGCUGCAAAAAAUCCUCUCUUCUAUUGAACAUCUGGUUCCAUGAGAGAGGUACUGUACGUGUCAUAUUUUUACGUUCAAAGUGCUCCAUUCCUGUCCACCCCAAUACGUUCCUCUGUGGCCUCAUUUUCCUUUGACAUAUCGUUUUAUCUCGCCUUAUUUCAGUAUAUUUUUCCGUGUGUGCCAAACCUGUUUGCUUUUAUCCCAGAUCCCAUUGUUUUUAAACUCUCUAUGUUUUAAGGAGGACUGUGCCUGAGUAAGAACGAUGAUAUACUUAUAUUCUACUGUAUAUUUAUCCACUAUUUUGAAUUUUGUUGUCACUAAGUGAACCUCUUGUGCAGUGUAUGGUGCUGUGUUGUCACACAUUGUAAGCAAUCUUUGUGUGCAUUAUUGAUUUGUGAUUGUACGUUCAGUUAUCAAUCCUAUAUCAUAUCUUACGACUUUUCCACAAACAGGCUAAGGCCCUGCCUCUUUGCACAUAUUGACUAUUGUCUUUAAAACUACGACAGAGUUAUCUGAAAUGUUUUUCAUCUUCUUCGAAGUCUUAGGUGUUUUCAGUGGUGGGGUGCAGGUGUCAGAUUUCGUGCAAACAUCUCAUACCUACUCAGCGUGGUUCAGAGAAUUUGGUGAGAGGUGACAGAUCUGAUGGCUCUUCCUGCACAGUCCUCCACAGACACUCACCUCCCUCCACUGUGCUUUCAUCUCGCUGCAUUUCCGCCCUCCUGCCAAUGGCUUUGUUUUGCUUCAAACAUCCAUAUUCUUAAACACUGUUCGUCAAGAUUGGUUGUUGUAAACAUGUCAUUUUUUGGAUUUUUAAAUACAAUGUCUUUAAAUAGCUGCAGUGCACGUUUUCAACAGGCAUCGGCAGCCUCAAACCAGCACAUCAUCCUUUAUAGGGACUCUAAUGCUACCACAGCUGAGUACAUAUCACUCCAGUCUUGAUGAUCUACAGCAUAUAGAAUGGCCAUUGUUUACCCAGUAAGAAAAAUGUUUAGUCAUUUUUAUAGUGCAUUGUUUCUUAUGUACAAAACAAAUUGAGAAAAAAAGAUGUUCAGUGGCAGUGUUUUAUGAAUUUGGUCUGCUGUAAGUAUGACUGUGCCUUUGGAGGUGGUAGAAUGCAAUUCAGAUGUUUUUAAUUUUAAAGAUAUAAAUUAAAGAAUUUUUAAAAUUGCA